UAUUUGAAAGAGAGGGAGCGGGCGCCCAGCAGCGGUCCUGAGAGGCCGGGUGGGUUAUGCGCUAGUGCCCAAAUGACAGCGGGAAACGCAGCGGUGCAAGUCAGAGUCGUACAGUAGAGAUCCCGAGACUCCGACCUUGGCGGGAUAACUCUUGCACGCUGACCGUUCGCUUUAGGAGCUGCGCUCCUCUGCUCUCUAACUCCCCUCCAGAGUAGACGCUGAGCGCAACUCCCGCACGCCUGGGAUGCGCUUGGCACCCAGUUCCUAGGCUCUAUCUUCAGGGGCUGCUUUGAAAGCUCCCACACACCCUGCGCCCUCACCCCGGACAGAAGCCCGGGCGGGCCGGACUCUCUUAGCUCUUGUCCCCAGAACACGACCUAGAGGCACCUGCGCAUGCAGGUGGCCGCUUUAGCCACGAUAGCCACCAUGAACAAGGCGGCUGGCGGGGACCAGCUCGCAGAACUCUUCCGUCCGAGCCCGAACCUUCUGCAGGCGGCCAACACCAGCGGCAACGCGUCGCUGCAGCUCCAGGACUUGUGGUGGGGGCUGGGGCUAGAGUUGCCGGACGGCGCCGCGCCAGGACAUCCCCCGGGUAGCGGCGGGGCGGAGAGCGCGGACACCGAGGCCCGGGUGCGGAUCCUCAUCAGCGUGGUGUACUGGGUGGUUUGCGCGUUGGGGCUGGCGGGCAACCUGCUGGUGCUCUACCUGAUGAAGAGUAAGCAGGGCUGGCGCAAGUCCUCCAUCAACCUCUUUGUCACCAACUUGGCGCUGACAGACUUUCAGUUCGUGCUCACUCUGCCCUUCUGGGCAGUGGAGAACGCUCUCGACUUCAAAUGGCCCUUCGGCAAGGCCAUGUGUAAGAUCGUAUCCAUAGUGACGUCCAUGAACAUGUACGCUAGCGUCUUCUUCCUUACCGCCAUGAGCGUGACGCGAUACCACUCGGUGGCCUCAGCUCUUAAGAGCCACCGGACCCGAGGGCACGGCCGGGGAGACUGCUGCGGCCAGAGCCUGGAGGACAGCUGCUGCUUCUCCGCCAAGGCGGUGUGCCUGUUGAUCUGGGCCUCGGCUGCUCUGGCCUCGCUGCCCAAUGCCAUCUUCUCCACCACGAUCAAGGUGAUGGGCGAGGAGCUGUGCCUGGUGCGCUUUCCGGAGAAGUUGCUGGGCGGUGACAGGCAGUUCUGGCUGGGCCUCUACCAUUUGCAGAAGGUGCUGCUAGGCUUCGUGCUGCCGCUGGGCAUCAUUAGCCUGUGCUAUCUGCUGCUGGUGCGCUUCAUCUCCGACCGCCGUGUGGCAGGGACAGAAGGAGGCCCCUCAGCGGCUGGGGGAGGCCUGGCUGGACCCAGCGCCCGGAGACGGUCUAAGGUCACCAAAUCAGUGACCAUCGUGGUCCUAUCCUUCUUCCUGUGUUGGCUGCCCAACCAGGCGCUCACCACCUGGAGCAUCCUCAUCAAGUUCAACGCAGCGCCCUUCAGCCAAGAGUACUUCCUGUGCCAGGUAUAUGCGUUCCCAGUGAGUGUGUGCCUGGCUCACUCCAACAGCUGCCUCAACCCCAUCCUUUACUGCCUUGUGCGCCGCGAGUUCCGCAAGGCGCUCAAGAACUUGCUGUGGCGCAUCGCGUCGCCUUCGCUCACCAGCAUGCGCCCUUUCACCGCCACCACUAAGCCGGAGCCCGAGGAUCAGGGGCUGCAGGCCCUGGCUCCCCUCCACCCGGCAGCGGAGCCGGACCUGCCCUUCUACCCGCCUGGCGUGGUGGUCUACAGUGGGGGGCGCUACGACCUGCUGCCCAGCAGCUCCGCCCACUGACGCAGGCUGAGGCCCAAUGUGCGCAAACACUGCAAAGUGGUCUUCUCCGGGCGGGAAAAGAGGAGAGCCGAGUAGGGGAUG